UGUGCAAGUGAACAUAACAUUGAAUGGGAAUCAAUACAAGAAUGUGUGAAUUCUGAAGAAGGUGACGAAUGGCUCGCUGAAUAUGGAAAUCGAACUUAUUCUGUGAAACCGAAAAUAAGUUUUAUUCCGACCAUAAUUUUCAACAACAUUUAUAAGGAGCCCCUGCAGAAUAUCGCUCUGAAAAAUCUCCACGAUAUAACGGAAUAUCUUCUGGAUGAUAGCAGAUGUGACAAGAAUGGAGGAUUGAAGUUAUAUUCCACGUCACUUCUGGCGGUUUCUGUUUUGAUUUCCAUUGUCAAAAUGUUUUAGAAAAUAAUAGAGAUUUAAUUGUUGAAUUUAUUUGUUAAUAUAUUUAUUGGAAAAAUAG